CCCUGGUGACUCGAACCUCUGUCCUCUCCACCGAUUCGCCCAUCUCCCUCUCUCACUCCUCUCCCACUUUAAAACAACCCACUUUCCUCCAUCCCUCUCUGCUCAGACCCUCAUCUCAUCACCUUCCCUCUCUCUCGCUCUCUAGAUUUUUCUCUUUUUAAUCAAAAGUGGAGUGCAGGGGAGAGAUGGGUUUAUAUGGGCAGCUCAGCGACGUGUCGUCGGAUUCGAUCCCGAUACUUAUGGUGGCAAUCGUCGCCAACUGCGUAAACUACCUUCGUUCCUUGCUUUUUGGGCUCCUCAAAUCGAUGGGUUUCUCCCGAUUCUUGCAUGUGGAUGAGGUCGGGGAUGGCCUAUUGGGUGCCGUCGGCUCAGGUUUGGCCGGGCUUAUCGUCUUGGCCGACCAGCUUGACGUGAGCCGUGUCUCUUCCUAUUGCAGUGCCGACGAUGGCGACGGGAUUGAGUCCGACUGUGUUGUGUGUUUGUGUAGGUUAACUGAUGGCGAUCAGGUGCGCAGGUUAGAGUGCCGCCAUGUUUUCCAUAAGGAUUGCUUGGAUGGCUGGUUUGAUCACCUCAACUGGAAUUGCCCGCUUUGUCGGUCGCCGUUGGUGUCGGAAGAGCGAGUCGCCGCCACCGAGAGGCGCGUCGCUGCAGACCUCGUCACGUGGUUUUCUCUGAGUUGAUGUUCUUCCCGUAUGAUGGGUUGAGCAUCAUGACGAUGAUGAUGAUGAUGGUCAUCACGGUAACCAUUUUCUUCUUUUACUGUUUUACUUAGGUUUCUUUUUGUAAAUAUUCCGUGUUUUUUUUUUAAGAGCACUUAGUUACCUUUGUAACCUCUGUUUUUGAGGUUCCUGUUCAUGUAAAAUAAAAUGAAGAGAUAAAAAAAAAAAAAAAAACUUUCGCUGCA